AUGCCAAUUUCUGAAGGUAAGACCAAAUCCAGGAGAAUCAACGAGCAGUUAUGCAGCGAGACUUCGAGAAAAAGCGACCGAUUGCGAAUUCGGCGACACGCACGACGACAAGAUCGUAGAGCAUAUCAUUCAGACAAUUGAGAAAACAUCAAAAAUCCAUCAACAAAGCCUGGGAUUUAACGCAAUUCCUUAUCGAAGCAGCCCAAAUGGAAAAUAUAAAUUGAACGACAAGUCUCUGAUAUAACGUCCCAGGAAACGGAAGUGAAAGCUAGAGUUAAUCGAGAGGCACAGAACGUCCAAAACGAGAUUAAUAGAAUACAAUCACCAGGGAAACAAUACUAACCCCGAUUUUCCAGAAACCGCACAAAACAGGAGCAGGAGAGACGACGACGAACCAGCCCGACGCCACAUCAAUGUUAAUAUUGUGGGUACAAUCAUCGAAAAGGAGACAGCUGCCCAGCCUUUGUAAAGAGAUGUAAGAAAUAGAAUCAUUUUUCCACAGUAUGCAGAUCAGCAGGCAACCCGAGAGUUGAUUCCCAGAAACAAGGCACUGGACAAAACCACCAAGGGGGACAAAACCACCAAGGGGCAAAUCAAACGGACCACUGAAGAAGAUUCGUCAAUCAGUUCAGACGAUGACUACUUUGUACAAGCGGUUAUAAACAGCUUUCAUGCCAAGAAAAUUGCAGGAACACAAAAACGUGAACAAACUGUGACUGUAAGAUUAAACGAUGUCGCUAUUCGAAUGGAACCAGACAGUGGAGCCGAGGUUAACCUGAUGGAUGAGCAUGAAUUCUAA